CCUGGAGCAACAAACAGUUAAAACCCAAUGAUUCAGCAAACCAUACACAUGGUCGUGGCAGGUGGGAAAAUGUCAGUGCGUCAGUCGAUUCUCGUGAUUCUCUCUUGAAAAUGUGAAGAAUUUCUAACACUAUUCAUUGUUUUAAACGUUUGCUGUUAUCGGGAAAAGUGCUUCAAAUCAUUUAUGAUGAGUACAUCCAAGUUUAAUAGGAGACAUUCUUCAUAUACCUUGGUUAACGAUGGAAAUCAUGUUGGAUAUGAUAUACCGCAAGGACCGAUGGCGGAGAAACUAGACAAGUUUUUACUCCUCAUGUGGAAGAACUGGCUGCUUCAAUAUAGGAAACCAGUCCAAACUGCAGUCGAAAUAAUUGCACCUGUUUUGUUUUCAAUAUUACUAGUAGUAAUAAGGAGUCUGGCAGAUCCGGAGCUCCACAAGCCUAUUGUAUAUCCGCCGUUUUGUACUAUUCCUUUAGGCAUAAAAGAUAACCAAUCUGGAAAAGCCUUAUGUCCAGCUUAUGAUGGAAUACCGUAUAUCGGACAAAAGAUGUUGGAAAAUUUGAAUCCCUAUGAGAAAUUUGUUUUGGUCUAUUCACCAAAAAAUCCCGCAAUUGACCAAGUGAUGCACUACUUUCAUAUCGCCUUUAAAAAUAUAAUUCCUUUCAAUAAUUCUCACGACUUGGAAAAUUAUUUCGUUACAAAUGCAACAAAUAUGACGUUCGCUGGUAUACAAUUUGAUGAUUCUUACAAAGAUAUAAAAAAAUUGAGCGAAAUUAAACAUAUGGAUAUCUCAAUAAGGUUUCCAGGCGAAACUAGGUUUAAAAUAGAUCCAUUUAAUAUUAAUAACUGGAGGACCAAUCUUGUUUUUCCUUUAUACCAGUUUCCUGGUCCUAGACUGUAUAAUUAUACAACUGGAGCUGCUCCUAGUUACUACAGAGAAGGAUUUUUGGGCAUUCAAUACUUUUUAACGUUAAGCAUACUAUUAGCAAAAAAUAAUGUUACAUAUGCCACAGAUGAUUUUUUUGAUUUAAUAAGUUGGUUAAUAAAUAAUGAGUUUCCUCUAGUUAACAUGCGACGAUUUCCAUACUCAGAAUGGUAUGAAGAUAUUUUAUUGACGGCAUUAAAAUCGAUGAUUGGCAUUAUUAUCAUGUUAAGUUUCGUUUAUACUUGUAUAAAUACCGUUAAAUGCAUCACUACAGAAAAGGAGAAACAAUUAAAAGAAGCUAUGAAAAUAAUGGGUCUGCCUAAUUGGUUACACUGGACAGCAUGGUUUGUGAAAUGUUUUAUUUUUCUUCUGAUAUCAACAAUACUGAUGGUCAUACUGUUGAAAAUGAAAUGGUACACUAACACAGAUUUCACUGUUUUUACUUACGCCAAUCCUUUUGUGUUACUGCUGUUUUUGAUGGUCUACAAUUGUGCCACCAUCACAUUUUGUUUUGCAAUCAGCGUCCUAUUUAAUAAAGCAAACACUGCAGCAACUAUUGCAGGUUUAGCUUGGUUUGUAUCGUAUGCACCAUACUUGUUUAUGCAAGAAAUAUAUGACACUUUAUCUCUCUCUUCAAAAUUAACAGCAAGUUUGGGCUCCAAUACUGCUAUGGCAUUUGGAUUUCAAGUCAUAUUGAUGUACGAAGGAAUAGGAGAAGGUAUUCAAUGGGGAAAUAUCUUCAGUCCUAGUACGCCAGAUGAUUCACUAACUUUGGGUAUGAUAAUGUUAAUGUUAAUAUUGGAUUCCAUAAUAUAUCUAUUUUUCGCUCUCUACAUUGAAACUGUAUUUCCUGGAGAAUACGGCGUUGCACAGCCAUGGUACUUCCCAUUCACCUUACAAUUUUGGUGGGGUAUACCAAGAUACAAAGGUGUCGAAGACUUUCAUGACACAACUUCGCAGGGGGAAUAUUUCGAAAGAGAUCCAGAAAAUUCGAUACCUGGUAUACAAAUCAGUAACCUCAAAAAAGUAUUUAAAACUAAAGUAGCAGUUCGUAAUUUAUCUCUUAAUAUGUACGAGGAUCAAAUAACCGUAUUACUAGGUCACAAUGGUGCAGGAAAGACAACGACCAUGUCAAUGUUAACCGGAAUGAUAACACCAACUUCUGGUACUGCCAAAAUAAGCGGAUACGAUAUCAGAACCGAUAUGGACGGUGUUAGGAAAAGUUUGGGGUUAUGUCCCCAACAUAAUAUCAUUUUUGACGAACUGACGGUUGCCGAACAUAUUUAUUUUUUCAGUAAACUUAAGGGGUUAAAGCGAACUGAAACUGAUAGUGAAAUUGAUAAAUAUGUUGAACUAUUGGAGCUGGAACCUAAAAGGAAUUCACAAUCAAGAACUUUGUCUGGUGGAAUGAAAAGGAAAUUAUGCGUAGGGAUAGCAUUGUGUGGUAACUCUAAAGUUGUAAUGUUAGAUGAACCCACCGCAGGAAUGGACCCUGCUGCAAGAAGAGCCCUUUGGAAUUUAUUACAAACCCAGAAAGACGGACGAACUAUGCUUUUAACAACUCAUUUCAUGGAUGAAGCAGAUCUUUUGGGAGAUCGGAUAGCCAUCAUGGCUGGUGGUGAGUUGCAAUGUUGCGGUUCAAGCUUUUUCCUCAAGAAAAAAUACGGUGCUGGAUACAGUCUUAUCAUGGAUAAGUCGCAGGAAUGUGAUAUUGGAAAAAUAACUCAACUAUUGAAACAAUUUAUUCCUGAUAUUGAAGUUUAUAGCAAUGUAGGUUCGGAAUUGACGUACCUUUUAGUUGAAGAUCAGGUCCGUGUAUUUGAACCAAUGCUUCGACAAUUAGAAACAGAAUCAGAACGAUUGGGUAUAAGAAGUUAUGGAAUCUCACUAACAACAUUAGAAGAAGUAUUUAUGAAAGUUGGAGCUGAUCACGGUCAAGAAGAAAUGUAUGACGCGGCAAAUGGAAAUGCGGUACUAAAUGGUGGAUUACAAAAUGGAUUUUUGCAACUUCAGAAUGGAAGUACAAAGAAAACAAAUACCUGUCAUGUUUCUAUGGCACCCACCUACUCAGGAGGAAUAACCCUUCUGGUUAAUCAAAUCUUAGCAAUGCUGAUGAAGAAAAUUGUCUCGACUUACCGUUCUUGGAUACUUCUUGCGAUUCAAAUAGCAAUGCCAAUGUUAUUUUUAAUAAUAGCAUUUGUAGUGAACCGUACUCAUAAAUUCACUGGACCACUUCCACCUAUGCCAUUAACUUUGAACAAAUUUGAAAAUCCUGUGACAUUUAUGGAGAAAACUAAUUCUAGUUAUGCUCAAUAUUAUAUUAAAGUUUUGAAAGAUUAUGGAUAUUCGGUUAAUGUUGUGGAUAAUCUCACAGACACCUUGUUACAAGUAACCAAGGAUCAUCCGAUUCUAGUUCGGCGAAACUACGUAGCAGGAGCAACAUUUGGUGAAACAUCUCCUUCUGCUUUGCCAUUUACUUUACCAAAUUUAACAGCUUGGUUUAAUAACGACCCUUACCACACACCCGGAAUAUCUCUGUCACUCGUAUUAAACAGUAUUUACCGAAAAUUAGGAGGCUGUGACGAUUGUACUAUAGAAUUUACGAAUAGACCUUUGGCAUACAGUGUACAGACGCAAGUGACGCAAUUAUUAAACGGACAGAGCACCGGGUUCCAACUUGCUUUUAAUAUUGCCUUCAGUAUGUCCUUUGUGGCAUCGUUCUAUGUUUUGUUUGUAGUGAAAGAAAAUUAUUGCAAAUCUAAACAUUUACAAUUCGUAUCCGGGGUUAAAGUUUAUAUAUUCUGGAUGACAUCAGCAUUUUGCGACAUGUUAACCUAUUUGCUUACCAUUUGCGUACUGAUGAUCACUAUGGUUCUGUUUCAAGAAAACGGAUUUAAAACCGCUGAUGAUAUUGGUCGAAUGUUUUUUAUUUUGUUUUAUUUCGGAUGGGCCUUUUUGCCGUUAUUCUAUUUAUCAUCUUAUUUCUUCGAAGUUCCUUCUACUGGAUAUACCAGGAUGACUCUUAUCAGUAUUUUUGGCGGCAACGCCGCUUUUCUUGUCAUCCAAGUAUUACAGACUCCAGGUCUUGAUUUAGAAUAUAUCGGAAAUGGUUUACAUUGGAUUUUCCUCAUAUUUCCUCAUUAUUCUUUAGCUACAGGAAUUAAUGAGAGUUACAAAGUUUAUAUGUUCCACUCUAUAUGCACGACAAUUUUUAAAACAUGCGAAGAACAACAUAUAUCGAAGGAAAUGUGCAUGUCCUCGUUAAACCAAAGAAUUCGCGAUAUAUGUGAAGAUCCAGACUUGAAUUAUUGGAAAUGGAAAGCUCCAGGUAUCGGAAGGAACUUACUGUAUUCGUUCUUAACAGGAUUAUUUCUUUUUGCUUUAUUAAUCGCCGUGGAGUACAAAUUAUUUUCGAGAUUAUCUUAUUCGAUUUCACAGAAACUUUUCACGAAACGUCCUAAAACUGUACUAAAUGAAGAUGAUGAUGUUAUCGAAGAAAAAGAACGAAUGCAUGUGGCAACUGAGAGUGGAAUUAAACAGAAUUAUACUUUAGCAAUUAAAGAUUUGACGAAGUAUUACAAAAAUCACCUGGCUGUGAAUGGAUUGUGCCUUGGGAUUAGAAAGUUUGAGUGUUUCGGAUUGUUGGGUGUAAAUGGGGCAGGUAAAACUUCAACAUUCAAAAUGAUGACUGGGGAUGAGAGCAUUUCUUACGGAGAUGGUUGGGUAAAUGGUUAUAGUAUUAAACGCCAACUUAAACAAGUUCAACGUAUCAUUGGAUAUUGUCCGCAAUUCGAUGCCCUUCUAGAUGAUAUGACAGCUGAAGAAUCAAUUAUUAUGUUUGCUUUGUUGAGAGGAGUUAAAUUGAAAGAUACCUUCAAAAUUGCAGAUUAUUUAUCAAAGGACUUCGAUUUUCAUAGGCAUUUACAUAAAAAAGUAAAGGAAUUGAGUGGCGGAAAUAAAAGAAAAUUAAGUACAGCGAUAUCGUUAAUUGGAGAUCCUCCUUUGUUGUAUUUAGACGAACCUACAACUGGUAUGGAUCCAGCAACCAAGCGACAUCUAUGGAACGCUCUAUGCAAAUUACGCGAUCGUGGAAAAUGUAUAGUAUUAACGUCCCACAGCAUGGAAGAGUGCGAAGCGCUUUGCACGCGUAUAGCCAUUAUGGUUAACGGUAACUUCAAAUGUCUCGGAUCAACACAACAUCUCAAAAACAAAUUCGCCGAAGGCUAUACGUUAACUAUAAAAUUGAAAAAACUGUCAGAAAAUACAAUUUCUGAUACUGAAUCGAUAGAACAAUUCAUUAACUACAAUUUCCCUGGAGCUCAACUCAGGGAAAAACACCAGGAGUUACUGAAUUAUUAUAUAACUGAUAAGUCAGUUCCUUGGUCGAAAAUGUUCGGAAUAUUAGAAGAGGGUAAACGACGCGAUCUCGAUAUAGAAGAUUAUUCCUUAGGUCAAUGUAGCUUAGAACAGGUGUUCCUGACAUUCACCAAACACUCUAAUACUUCUUAAAUUUAGUUAGUCUCACUAAUUUUGUGCCUUUUUCUGUGUUAUUUGUUUAUUGUGAUAUAUUUACACUAUUUUUUUUCAAAUUAUAUGAAUACAUUUUUUUUUAUUUGGUACCACCAAAGAAAACUUGUAUUGGAUAGAAUGAAACUGAAAAAUGUAAGAAAUAAGAUAUUUUUUUCUGUAUUAUUUUAAUAAAAAUAUUUAUUUGAAAAAUGUCUUUUGAUUUUUUGAAAGGUUUAUACAUCACUAUUAUCCAUUUUUAAUUUACUACUUUU